UAUGUACUUGAUCGAGAAGGACGUCUGUUUGAACUUCGAACUUAAAUGUCCAAUUUUGGUAGUUUUCCACUUCAACUUUCCGUAUCUCUCCCUCUUACAAACCUCUCUCUCUCUCUCUCACACAAGUCUCAAUCUCUCCCCACUUCAAAGAUACACACAACGAGCUAUAAAAGCUGAUAAACUGAGUUGAAACCCAAGCACUGAAAAAGAAAAAUUCUUCCAUAGCUUUUUCAUUUUUAGGAUUACAACUCCAAGCAUGGAUAUUGAGAAAGUCUUCCACAUGGUAGGAGGAAAUGGAGAGACAAGCUAUGCUGCUAAUUCAUCACUCCAGAAAAGGGCCAUCGAUUUGGUGAAGCACAUAACAACAGACUCCAUUGUGGAUCUUUAUCUUGCAACGACUCCACAAAAAAUGGCUAUAGCAGAUCUUGGCUGCUCGUCCGGUAAGAAUACAUUAUCGAUGAUCGGAGAAAUCAUCGAUGCCAUCGACAGAGCACGUCGUAAGCUUAUGGUAACCAACAAGAAUACAGAAAUCCAAGUAUUCCUGAACGAUCUUCCGUCCAACGAUUUCAACUCCAUCUUCUCGGCAUGGCCAGAUUUCUGUAGAGAGAAGCUCAAUAGUAAAUGUAACGGACGAAACGAUAGGUCGCAGAAGCCGCCAUUUGUUUGCAUAGCAGGAGUUCCGGGCUCUUUCUACGGAAGACUUUUCCCCAGUGACAGCUUGCAUUUCAUUCAUUCCUCCUUCGGUUUGCAUUGGCUCUCUAGAGUUCCUCCAGCAAUAUACGACGAGAACGGCAAGUCUAUUAACAAAGGGAAGAUAUACAUAUCGGAAUCCAGCCCUCCAUUGGUAUCAGAAGCCUACUUGAUGCAGUUUCAGGAGGACUUCUCUUUGUUCCUCCGAUCAAGAUCUCUAGAGCUCAAAUCCGGAGGACGCAUGGUGCUAAUCUUGUUGGGAAGGACUGACCCACAUCAUACUCACAGUGCUAAUUCUUUACUAUGGGAGCUUCUCUCCCGUUCCUUUGCCAUCUUAGUAUCUCAGGGUGAUAUCGAUGAGGAAAAACUAGACUCCUAUGAGAUACACUUCUAUGCUCCUUCCAAAGAAGAGAUAGAAGAAGAAGUGAGGAAAGAGGGUUCCUUUGCAAUUGAUCAGUUCGAGCUGUUUGAAGUAGAAAACAACAUCGACAAUGCAGCUGGCUCAACAGCAACUUAUGGAACCACUGUGGCAACGACUGUUAGGGCUAUUCAGGAAUCAUUGAUCCGCCUCCACUUUGGAGAACACAUCGUCGAUGAUUUGUUUGGAAUCUAUGGAAGAUUAAUUGACGAGGAAAAGGCUAAGGGGGAGAUCAAGCCCGUCGCUUUUAUUUUAUCUAUGAGAAAGAAGAUUUGAAUAUCCAUAGAAGAAUUUAGAUGAACUGCUGAAACUUACAAGUAGGUAUAGGCUUUGCCGCUGUGGUACGGGACAAUUAAUGGGUCCAGGUUACCACUUGGCGGGGCUGGACCUACCAUGUCCUGAGCUAAGCCUUUGGGCCUAAAGUGCAAGGCAUCUGUUUCAUUUCUACUUUUUAAUUAUUGUACUCCAAACCACUGAAUGUGCGUGGUUCUAUAUCUAAAUUCAUGGUGUGCCUGUUAUUUUAAUUUAAUCAGAAAAAGUUAAGAGUUGCUAA